AUGGUUUCUACACAUUCGCAAUACAUCUCUGAUUUCAACUCACCUGUUCUUGCUACGGUUGAUGCUGGCAAGUCGCCUUUAGCAAUGUUGGCAAAGACAUGUGAGACUAUUGGCUUACCGGAUACACCAAAUAGAAAAUCGAAUAAGGAUGAAAAGUCGAAAGAUAAUCACAGUCCAAACAGCUCGUCAAAUGAAUCAAAGAAAGACGAAUUGAGUCCAGUUUCUAAAAAGAAGGAAGGUUCAAAAAGUCCAAGACAUACGACGCAUAGUCCUGCAGUUGGCAAGAAUACGCCGAUCAGUUCCGAGCCGUCGACAAGCAGUGCGUCGAUUUCCGCAAAUCUGAUGUUGAAUAGCAGAAAUUGCUUUCCGAUGAGUUUUCCACCACUUGCAAGUGGAUUCCCUCCGUUUCCCUAUCCAUCAAUGAUGCCUUCUUUCCCAACCAUGCCAACCUUCUCGGCCACUUUCCCGACAGGAGCACCAACACCAUUUCUGCGAUGUCCUGAUCCUCUUACCUGUAAAGGCUGUCCUGCAACCAUGAUGACACGUCCGUGCGUAACGCCAGGAUGCACCAGUUGUACGUUGCAUAAUCCAACUGUCUCAGCCAACGAUAUGAUGCUCGCCUUUACACCAUCGUUUUUCACCGCAUAUAAUCCCCUUAUGGGUGGAGUUAUGCCACCAACUUCUAGUUCGGCGGCUCAAAUCGCCUAUCAGAACCUUAUGGCUGCAGCAUCUGGCCAGACAACGAAGCAUGUUUGUAAUUGGGUGGAAUCCCCGAAUAGCAUAUGUGGAAAAUCGUUUUCGUCUGCUGAUGAGCUGGCCACACACAUGAAGGUGGCUCAUGCACCGUCAACGUCAAUAGCAACGUCGAACACGAGCAGCAGUUCCGACUUGAAAGCAGCCUCUCCACGCGCAACUGCUGCGUCACUGAUGAAUCAUGGUUCGUUGCGCUAUCAUCCGUACAUGAAACCGAACGGCUUGAUGCCCAACGUAAGCAUGCCAAGCCCGCUUAGUGUUCCGCCAUUCCCCACCAUGCCUGCUUUCCCGUCAGCCGCCGCAUUACAGGCCAUGUAUGCACAACGGCUCAUGGCCACCAUUCCUCACCCAUAA